UUGGGGCUUAUAUAAACGAGUUCUAGUAUAGAAUAGACCGCUAAGCAUGUUUUUUUUGGUUACUUUUUCCCUGCCGUCGCUGGCGCAUCUAGCCCCAAUACCAAGUAAAAUAGUCUGAUCAGAAUCUAAAAGGGGCUUUCUUUGUAAUUUUUACAGGUUUUUUAGAUAAUUGUCGUAGAGAAACAUCACCCCCAAAAAAUGACCAAAAUUUAGUAUUUUCCAAGCGGGCAAUGGUAAAUACUGUAAGAUCACUACUUCUCUUUUUCUUUUUAAUAAGAAUGAUAAUAUAACUGCCAUAUAGCUAAAAGUUCCAUGGUAUUUAUAGGUAUGACAUCAUCCGCAAACAGCACGACCGCAAGACCCUUGGUAACGCGGGCUCAAUCCGAAACGCAGGGGUCUACACUUCUGUCAUUCUUCAAGGAGUUUCGACUAUUUCCUCAAGGCAUUGUGGCCAUUGGCAUUGUCCUUUUUUUAGUUUUGGUCAUUGCUGCCAUAGUACUCGUCUGCAAAUGGCGAAAAAGGCGACGUAUUCGCGACAUGGACCUGACUCAGGGAACUGAACACGAAACUAUUCGAACAUUCCACACAGACCUUCCAGUUUGUCUGGAAAAACGCAAAACUGCUGACAUCGACCAGGGACGUCACAGAGAAAUGGAAAAGAGUUUGGAGUGUUUGGCAAUAAAAACAACACCGGAAAACCUUACCAAAACAGCCAUAUUGGAACUGAAUAGCAAGAAAAAUUACACAAAACUGAUAACAAGAAAUUCCUAUAAAAGGGCCGCGAAAAGCUCAAAAAUGAAAUCUAGGAAGACUAUGGAUAUAGUUUGUGGCGAUGAUGUCGAUGACAACAAAGAACCUGGCGCCAUUCACUCAACUGGCCUGGUUACCCAGGAGAGUUGCAUUGUCGAGAUUCCCAUCCGGGACUUAGAGCCGCAAGUCCACUCAUGCGCAGGGUUGUAUACUUUGAAAGAAAGGUUCAACAAUUUGGAAAGUGAGUUGGACUACGACGAGUGCUCUGCUGCACGUUCGCUGGACAUUCGGUAUGAGGGCUCGGAAAAUAAUUUGGGUACCUUUAAGGUAACAAGGGAGGGAUUUGGGACAAUUGAGACGGAAAAGGACCACCCGAUUCUGGGAAUUGAACAAGAAUAUGAUGGCAUCGGUGAAUCCAUUUUGCGUUACACGGAGCGUGAAGAUGACUUGCGUUACACUGAGAUUGACGGCGGCUGUCAUUAUUCAGAGCCUGAUGUUGACCUACGUUACACAGAGAAUGAUGAUGGCCUUCGUUACACAGAGAAUGAUGAUGGCCUACGUUACACAGAGAAUGAUGAUGGCUUUCGUUACACAGAGAAUGAUGAUGGCCUUCGUUACACAGAGAAUGAUGAUGGCCUUCGUUACACAGAGAAUGAUGGCCUUUGUUACACAGAGAAUGAUGAUGGCCUUCGUUACACAGAGAAUGAUGAUGGCCUUCGUUACACAGAGAAUGAUGGUGCCCUUCGUUACACAGAGAAUGAUGAUGGCCUUCGUUACACAGAGCCUGAUGGUGACCUUCGUUACAGAGAGAAUGAUGAUGGCCUUCGUUACACAGAGCCUGAUGGUGACCUACGUUACACAGAGAAUGAUGAUGGCCUUCGUUACACAGAGCUUUACGAUGAUGCGCGUUACCAUGAGCGUGAUGCUUACUUGCGUUACACAGGGCGUGAUUGUGACUUGCGUGACCAAAAGCGUAACGCUAUCUUGCGUUACACUGGGCGUAAUGCCCUGAGGCGUAACGCUGACUUGCGUUACACUAGGCGUGAUGCCGACUUGUGUGACCAGCAGCGUAAAGCUGACUUAUGUUACACUCGGUGUGAUGCUGACUUGCGUGACAAGCAGCGUGACGCCGAUUUGCGUUACACCAAUCUUGACACAAAAGCUAACAGUGAUUACGAGAGUAUGGCAGACAUCCUUAUUGACAGGAAGGAUGAAUGCAUCGAAGGCGAUGACGUCAUCGCACGUGCACGAGACUUAGAUGGGACCCUAUUUACUGGUUCAAAGCACGAUGCCAGCAAAUGCUACGAAAAUAUGAGGAGAGGAGAAGAAAACAAGAGCGAGUAUCAGAACGUCGUUCAAGGAUUGAAGCAGAGGGGCAAGAAGCCGAGCCUAAGGGCAGCAAGCGCGUCACGUGGCCACCAGGCCACCCCUGACAAACAGGCUUAUCGUGAGCGCGAGGGGCUUCAGCCGCCACAUAACCGGCACAACAGGAAAGCAGAAACCGGUCAAUCAUGUUUAUCCCAUUGUUAUGAGACAGCUAUCGUGAUGCCUAGGAAGAGAAUCCGGUUGAACGGGAUCCCUCGAUGGGAUAUGCUAGAAGACAGAGUGGACGGAAGACGGGUCUUUGCAGCUGGAGAAUCACGCGACGAAAUGAUAGACAGCAGCAGGUCCUGUGACAAUACAAUAGAAAGGCGCCGGUCACGUGAGGAUUUGAUAGACAUGGGCCCAUUACGUCACGGUGUGAUUGACAGGAGAGCAUCACGUGACGAUGUGAUUGACAGGAGAGCAUCACGUGACGAUGUGAUUGACAGAAGACCUUUACACCAAAGACCAUUCCGCGAUCGUGGGCGAAGCUCAAGUGUUGCUGAGAAAGGAGACAAAAGCCCUGGAUACAUCAAUAAAAAUGAUUCCAGGAAAGCUUUACAACGUUCCUUCAAAUUACAGGGAUCGCUCCCCUUCCAUAGCAAUACUAGACCCGGUGCCGGGAUAUUCGACAAGCUCACGGACAAGCUCACGGACAAGCUCACGGACAAGCUCAUGGUGGGCGGACAUUACACCCAAGGUGAAACAGGACAACAUGCAUCACGUGAUACAAGCAAAGAAAUCCAUGGAGAUACAGGGUAUUACGAUACAAGCAAAGAGAUCCAUGGAGAUACAGGGUAUUACCAUACAAGCAAAGAGAUCCAUGGAGACACAGGGUAUUACGAUACAAGCAAAGAGAUCCAUGGAGAUACAGGGCAUCACCAUACAAGCAAAGAGAUCCAUGGAGAUAUAGGGCGUUACGAUACAAGCAAAGAGAUCCAUGAAGAUACGGGGCAUCACGAGGUGGAGCCGAUAAACGUCUCUCGAGACAGAAAGCCUGAUUUCCGUGCUACGAUGAGUGCUAACCUCCAGACAGAUGGUAGCACAAGACUCGAGCAUUUCCACAAAACUACAGAGAGGGCUCAGUUAUCUUUGAAAGCAAAAGGUUCUACUAUUCCUGCCUACAGCAAGGACUUUGAAGAAGCUGAGGAUACUUUUUAUGAGAAAGUAAUGCAACGGGGAGGAAGAAGGGGUACAAAGUUAGUUAAGCCGUGCGGAGCCGAGAAAACUUCGAACAAUACAGAGCACCACUAUCAUAGUGUGAUGGACGUUAGAGAGAGCAAGGGAUGGCAAGCGAAGGCCAAUGAGGGCCCGGAUACAAUGCACUAUGCAUAUGCUAGGGUCGAAGAUGUUCUAACUCUAAGCUUACUCAAGCAAAUGAGUUUGAGCUCAUAAUGAUAAUAAUAUCAAUCUUUAAUAAAUAUCAAUUUUAGAACGUUUUAA